AUCACUACACGUGGCAACGUAACGUUUCUCUCCUUCUUUCCUGUUUCUUCCUUUUUCGUUUCUCUUCACGCUAUUUAGUCCUCUCUCCCAACACUCUUUCAAUUUCAGAGAAGCAUUAUCACGCUUCUCUAUUAUCACAAUCAACCCUAAAUUAAACCCUAAAAUAUUGGUUUGUAAGUUGAUGAUUUUGAUGGUGUGAAACUGAAAUGGUUGGGAAUUAUAAUCUGAAAACUGAGGAUUUGAAUUUGAAUUUGUGGUUUGAGAAUCUUAUGAUGGUUGCUGGUGGUGAGAAAGGAGGGAAUAUGAAGGUUGGUGUGAUUACUGAAUGGAAAGAUAUUCCUGUGGAGCUUUUGAUGCAUAUUUUGUCACUUGUGGAUGAUCAGGCGGUGAUUAGAGCUUCUGGUGUUUGUCGUGGUUGGAGAGAUUCUAUUUACUUUGGCCUUGCUCGUUUGUCACUCUCUUGGUGUAACAAGAACAUGAACAAUUUGGUCAUAUCUCUUGUUCCAAAGUUUGCGAAAUUGCAAACGCUAAUCCUUCGUCAAGAUAAGCCACAACUAGAGGAUGAGGCUGUUAGGACUAUUGCAAAUUUCUGUCAUGACCUGCAGAUUCUUGACCUCAGCAAAAGUUUCAAGCUCACAGAUGCAUCACUGUUUGCUAUAGCCCAUGGUUGUCGCGAUCUUACAAAACUAAACAUCAGUGCAUGUUCAGCAUUUAGUGACAAUGCUUUGGCCUACCUUGCUGGUUUCUGUAGAAAACUCAAAGUUCUAAAUCUAUGUGGAUGUGUUAGAGCAGCUUCUGAUACUGCACUUCAGGCUAUUGGACACUACUGCAAUCAGCUACAGUCUUUGAACCUUGGAUGGUGUGAUGAGGUUAGUGAUGUUGGAGUAAUGAGUUUAGCAUAUGGCUGUCCUGAUCUUAGAACAGUUGACUUGUGUGGCUGUCUCAAGAUUACAGAUGAUAGUGUGAUUGCUUUGGCAAACAGGUGCCCUCACCUGAGGUCCCUUGGACUGUACUUCUGCAAGAACAUAACAGACAAUGCAAUGUAUUCCUUAGCACAAAGCAAGGUAAAGAACAGGAUGUGGGAAGCUGUGAAAGGAGGAAAUGAAGAAGAUGGACUAAGGAAUUUGAACAUUAGUCAGUGCACUUCACUCACUCCUUCUGCUGUUCAGGCGGUUUGUGAUUCAUCCCCUGCACUCCACACAUGCUCUGGAAGACACUCACUCAUCAUGAGUGGUUGUCUCAAUUUGACUUCUGUACAUUGUGCUUGUGCUAUUCAUGCACACCGAGGAAUCAAAACCUUCCCUCAUACUGCUCAUUAAUAAACCACAUGACUUCGAGGAAGUGCCUUUGAUGGGCUCAGAGAAGUGUGCGAUGCUGCUAUCCUUUCCUUCCCCCUCCCCUGUGGUGUAGAUACGUUUGUGUUGGAGACUUGAGCUACAAAUGAACAGCCAUUUGUUGUUGUGUUUCAUAAUCUUUGUUUUAUUUAUUCCCCCAACUAUGGAGUUUUAUGAUGUUUUGGAUGCAAAAAAACUAGCUUGUUCCUGGUUAGCUGCAGUUGUUUAUUGGAAGACAUGGACUUCUAGUUUCUUAAUGUGUUUGGUAUUAGAAGAAUAUGAACAUUAUCCAUCUGUCUUCCAUGAUGAUUAAAUAGGUUUUUUCCUAUUUAUAAGAGACAGUUUAUUUUUAUUUA